GAGGCACAACUUUCUUAUUCCUCUGCGACCGCAUUACUAGACUUUUAGUUUAAAAUUUAAUCAUGAUUUUUAAAUUUGUCGUGCUUCUUUGGUUUUCGGCACAGUUUGCUAUUUCAACAAAAGUUCAAUUAUCGACCGGUAUAAUUGAGGGAAAACAAUUGAAUUCUACAUAUUCUCCAUUUGGAAAUCAAUCUGCUAUUGCAUUCCUCGGUAUUCCAUACGUGGAACCACCGAUCGGAGAUCUUCGAUUCCGGAAACCACGUCCCCAAAAAACAUGGAGUGGAGUUCUGGAGACAAAAAAGUUCAAACCUGCGUGUAUGAGCAAUUCAACAAAAACCUACAAGAAUGGAGGAAUUGGAGGACCAAUUUCAGAAGAUUGCUUGUAUCUUAAUGUUUUGACAAAUCAAUAUUGCCUGGAAAAUAAAAACUGUUCAGUGGUGAUUAUAGUGCACGGAGGCGGAUAUCUGUUUGAGUCAGCUGCCACAUUCAACCAUGAAAUUUUAGUGAAUAAUUUUGUGGGGCAAGACAGGAAUAUUGUAGUCGUCACUAUAAAUUAUCGCCUUGGAAUUUUUGGAUUUGGGCAUCUCAAUGGGUUCGAGGGUGAUAAGAAUGUGGGAAUUUUUGAUACCCUGGAAGCUGUGAAAUGGGUACGAAGAGAAAUAAAACAAUUUGGUGGGAAUAAAGAUAGAAUCACUUUGGCUGGGCACUCGGCAGGAGCUGGUGUGGUAGCUGCGUUUACGAUCUCUCCUUUAACAAAAGGAUUGAUUCAUCAGCAAAUAGUCAUGAGUGGACCAAUGACUAAUAUGUCCAAGAAAUCAAAUUUCAAAGGAAUGACAGCAAUGGCUGAAAGAGUUGGUUGUCAUUCAAAGAAAUAUGGUUUUAAUAAACUUCCUGAACAUGAAGUUGAACAGGUUUACUCCUGCCUUCGAAAGAAGCCUGCUCAAGAGUUACUUGAUGCUCAACUUUGGUUGCUUCAAAACUCGACAUUCUACUUUGGAGCUCCGCCAGUUGAUGGAGAGUUUAUAACUGAUUAUCCAGAUAACUUAUAUUCGGAAAAGUCCAUAUUUUCAAUCAAUACAUUAUUAGGAACUACAACUAGAGAACUUCAAGACACUGGAUAUAUCAGUAACUCAAACUAUUCAAAAUUUGAGACGAAGGAAACAUUCUUAAAAAAUCUUUGCGAUCAAAUUGGAAUAGAGAUCUACAAGGAGUCAGAAGAUUUUUCGUCGAAAUGUCAAAAAUGGUAUAUUAAUGGAUCCGAUUCGAAAUCUUUAUCAGAUGAUAUGGAGUUUUACACGCAAGCCAUUAACUUAGCAGAUGCACAUGCGAGAAAAGGCAAAAAGGUUUAUAUGUACAGCUAUGCCUACAGCGGGGCAGGACCUGCAUUCAAAAAAUAUAUGAAAGUGAAAUCACCUCAUCAUUCUGAAGAUUUAAUCUACACUUUUGGAACUCACCGAGGAGUUUUUGCUCCAAAAGAUUACGUUAUUGAGUAUAUUUAUAGUGGAAUGUUUGCUGAUUUUAUCAAUUUUGAAGAUCCAUCUCCUUCGACAGAUCAACCUUGGCUACAGUAUACAAAAGAAAAUAAAGAGUAUUUCUUGGUUGAUUUUGAUCAGAAUCUGACAAUGCCUGGAAUGAAGAAAAACUAUUAUGCUAAAGCUUAUGAAUUUUGGAGUACCGCUGGUCAAAAGUCAUUCAAAGAAGAAUGGUCUCCAUCACUUGACACAUUUAUCAUUACAAAUUUAGUUGCUCCAAUAAUCACUCACAUGGAUCAAAUAACAUUUGACGUCGAUAAAACUGUCGAGCAAAUGGAAAUACUAAAAAUUGAACGGGAGAAUUUUUUGAAGAGCGAAAAAUUGAAAAGGAAAUCGGAAUUGGAGAUGAGUAGAUGGAUUAAAAAGGGAAGAAAACGAGUAAUAAAUAAAAGGAUGGGAUUUAUGCCAGUGGAAAUCAUAGAAAAUGAAGAAAGUGAAAGUGAUGGAGGAUUUAGCAUCGGCUUACUUUUAUUUGGUGGAACACUUCUAGGUGGAAUUGUCUAUGUUUCAUCUUAUCAAUUCUUCCGACGAUCUCGGAAUGGGUAUCAACUGAUAAAUUAAGUAUACCAAAAUUUUAGUACAACUCGGCAUUUUUGAAAUCAGAGCUUGAAUUUUUUUCUAGAAUUUCAUCAAAAUGUUUUUUUCUGUUUUUUCUUUUGCUAAAAUGAAUAGUCUGAAAAAAU